AUGUCGACACUCACAGUGCAUGGUCUGACAAAAGGCCAGAUAGAUGAGAAGAUCCUGCUCUUAACCCACAACCUAAUCAACAUUCACGACACAACCGGCGAGUUCCUACUCAAACUCGACGAUGGACGCAUAAUUGAUACCAAGGGCUGGGACGGCUGGGAAUGGACUCACGGAAUUGGACUGUACGGGCUAUGGCACUACUACACGCUGACGGGCAGCACGACGACGCUCGACAUCAUAAAAGGCUGGUUUGAUAAGCAACUCGCCAAGGGCACAACCAAGAACAUCAAUACAAUGAGCCCAUUCCUCUCAUUGGCAUACCUGUACGAAGAGACGGGCAACAAGACAUUUGUUCCAUGGCUGGACACCUGGGCUGAGUGGGUCAUGCACGGGCUGCCCCGCACCAAGUUUGGCGGGUUCCAGCACGAGACAUACAACUCCUUCAAUAAGGAUGAGCUCUGGGAUGAUACGCUGAUGAUGAGCGCGCUACCGUUGGCAAAGAUUGGUCUCACCCUGAACCGCCCAGAGUACGUAGAAGAGGCGAAGCGCCAAUUCAUCCUGCACUGCCAGUACCUAUGCGACACAAGCACUGGCUUGUUCUACCACGGCUGGAAGUGGGAAGACAAGGGUGGAUUGGAAGUCGGACACAACUUUGGCAAGGCACGAUGGGCGCGUGGAAACUCGUGGCUCACAAUCGCUAUCCCGGAUUUCAUCGAACUUUUAGAUCUCAAGGAGAGUGAUCCGUUACGGCAGUUCCUCGUGGGAAUUCUUGAGUCGCAAUGCCGGGCACUAGUCAAGUGUCAAGGAGAGAGUGGCAUGUGGCGCACCCUGCUCGACAUUCCCAUUUCCGAGGGCAGUUAUGAAGAGUCAUCAGCCACGGCGGGCUUCGCAUACGGUAUGCUCAAGGCGUGCCGGAAGCGAUACAUUAGUGGAGACGUGUUCCUGGAGAGUGCAGUAAAGGCGGUAAAGGCAGUCAUUGGUAAGAUCAAUGCGGAGGGUGAGCUGACGGAGACGAGCUUUGGCACCGCCAUGGGACAUGAUUUACAGCAUUACAAGGACAUCAAGAUUACCAGUAUGCCGUAUGGACAAGCCAUGGCCAUUAUGGCGCUUGGAGAGUUCAUGAGGACCUUUAUCUAA